ACAAGUGGCUAUGUUGAUACUCAUAAAGUGUUGGGAGGAACCAUCUUCCCUGGUUGCCAACUCGGAACUGACGGGAUAUGAGACACCUCCACAAAAUAUGAAUACUGUUGUGGAGGAAGAUUCUAAACUAUUUCCAACGAGUCCAAUGACUUGGGACUCGAAUGAAUUACAACAAGCACUGAAUGGACAACCUUUGGAAGAACAAAGGUCUGCGAAUGAAACAAGUCAACUUGCAGUGGAAACAACUACAGCAGACUCUCUACCUUGUACUAUCUCAGUGGAAGCAAGUAGCCCUCCUCUUCUAUCUUCCUCAUCUUCUUCGUCUCCUCUCUUCAUAGAAGGAAAAAUGAAUAGACAACAUCUCGGUUGUUUGCCUUUUAAAGAUUUCGUGAAAACUUCCAAGGAAACUGAUGCAGCAGACGGGGGAAACACUUGUUCUUAUACAAAACUAUUUGAAAGAGGAAAUGUAAUGGAUAGUAAAGAUGCUAACAGAUGGAAUCCAAAAGAUACUCUUUACAAGGAAGACUCAUCGGAUUCUAUAGAAACUAGGCACUCGAGUACCGAUGGUAUAUCCAAGGCUCCUAUUUAUAUAACAGAAAAAUGUACAACUGCUAGUUCUAUCGAUAAGCCCACUUUAAAACAAGCAAAACUGACAGAUUGUUGCGGAAUUAUGUAGGAAUGAUUGACUUGUCUGUAAAUAGUAUGAGAAUAAGAUGCAACUAAAAGAAUAGG